AUAUUGCAGAGACUUUCAUUUUGAUGGAAAAACAAAUAAGUAAUUAAAGCUACAAAGACGGAAAGAAUGCUAUUGAUACGGAAAGUUAAUAUUUCUCAAAAUUGUGGAUCGUUACUUGGUGCAUAUGUAAGAUAAUAAUAGUUAUUUACUAAACAGACAUUGUUCAUACCAGAAAUAAGUCGAUAAAGAAGAUCCAAGAGAUAGGAGUUAAGUACUCAUGGAGACUUACCUAUAAAAAUUGUGUCAUUGUCUUAUAUAUUUCGAUUUAUCGACCUAUAUUUUAACAAUGACAAAGGAAGAAGAGGAUACAACUUGGUUGAUUGAGCUAGAAUCGGCGCUCUUAGAUGGUUGCUCAUCAUAUGAAAUAAACAACAUAACAAAAGGUAAAAGAAUUCCUGAUAGCCUUCGUGCUGAUAUCUGGCUAGUGUGUCUUAAUUGCCAGGACAGUGCCAACCAGUUACUUAUGUUUGAUGAAAUUUUUGAUUUGAAUAACCAAAAUGAUCUAAGAGAUGAUGUGAAAAAAUUUGUUCAAAAACUUGACAAUGAUGAUGAUGAAAAGUUGUCAGUAAUUUCAGACAUUGAGUCAAUUAUAACAUUCUAUUGUAAAUCUAAAUCUCUUAACUAUGCGUCUAGUAAUGGCUGGGUAGAAAUAUUAUAUCCACUCUUAAGUUUAAAAUUGCCACGCUCAGAUACCUACAACCUUUUUGAAAAGAUAUUAAAGUUAUACAUUCCAAGUGGAUGUGUGGCGAAUGGUGUACCUUUUCACAUUUUACGAUUGAUUAUCCAAUAUCAUGACCCGGAACUGUGCUCUUUUUUGGAUACUAAAAGGAUUACACCUGAGCAAUAUUGUAUGCCUUGGCUUCGGUCUCUAUUCUCCGGGACUUGUAACUUGGAAGUAGUUCUAUUUAUGUGGGAUUUAUACUUCCAGAGGUCUGACCCCUUCUUUAUAUUCUUCUUAUGUUUGAUAAUGAUUAUAAAUGCAAGAGAACAACUAUUGCAAAUGAAAGAGGAUGGUAAAGCAAAUAUAAUUGAAUGCUUAAGAAAAAUGCCUGGAGAUUUGGAUGCUAAUGAUGUUUCAGAUUUCUGUUCUUUAGCUCAUUACUAUUCUCUAAAGACACCAGUUUCUUUCCGUGAAGAUGUGCUAGAGGUAUUGUUCUCUGAUUGUGGACUUGAAAUUAAUUCAAAGCUCUAUUCUCAAGCCUUAUGUCUUCCAUUGGCUGUCCAUGAGCUUAUUGAGAGUGCUACCAUUGACAGUAUGGAUACAGACACUGUCAAGUUUUUUUUAGUUGAUUGCCGUCCAGCAGAGCAGUACAAUGCUGGUCACUUAUCAACUGCCUUCCAUCUUGACUGCAACCUGAUGCUGCAAGAACCCAAUGCUUUUAACACAGCAGUACAAGGCUUGCUGAGUGCCCAGAGGCAAGCUCUAGCUGCAGGCUCACUGGCGGCUGGUGAACAUUUAUGUUUUGUUGGGUCGGGUAGAACUGAAGAAGAUAGCUAUGCUCAUAUGGUUGUAGCAUCUUUCCUCAAAAGAAAUAUAAAGCACGUGUCCAUGCUCGACGGCGGAUUUGUGGCGAUUCACGAUUACUUUGGACCACACAUGACUGAUUGCUUAGAGGAUCACAAUCAGGCAAAGUGUUUAGUGUGCGCUCCCAAUAAUAAUAAUGUACAUUCGGAGUUAAGGGAGAUAAAGAAAAGAGAAAACAUUCCAGCUAUUCAGUUGUUUGGCAAGUUAUCGUCAGCAAUGAGGGCUAAAAGUCAGGAGGUCAAAGGAAAGUUAAUAGAGUACAUAGUUAAUCCAAAUUCGCAGAGUAACACAAGCGAUUGGCACGUAUCGACAUCUGACCGAAAGGAUAGCCGCUAUAGGAACGUGCCGCCAGUGUUCACCAUUAACGAUGAUGACGACGAGUCGUAUUCUGACGUGCGACCGGAUCCAGCCGAGCUCGCAGACGAGAUCGUACAAACACAGUCUUUUCUAAAAGGACCGAAUGUGAUCAAUAGUUUCCAAUGUCAAGAAGUGUUAUACAAUGGUUAUAUGCAUGACUCGUUCCUAGUAGUAACGGAAACACAUUUAGUUAUUCUACGUGAAAUCCCCAACAAGAAAGGUUUCGCUAAGGUGCUGUCGAGGCGGCUGCUGUCAACCAUUGUUAAGAUCACAGCUAAGAAGAGACACCCGGAAUUGAUCACAUUUAAGUAUGGUGUGCCUGAUGGUGAUAGCUUGCUUAUUAAAGAUAUGGACCGCUUUCUCAUCCCGGACGCUGCGCUUGCUACUAAAGUUGUUUCUAACCAGAUUGUUACGCAGCUAGACAAUAAAGCUGAGUAAUAUUUCCAUCUUGUUUCACACUGGUUUAGAUAAUGCAUGAAACUUUCUUGCCAUUCUGUCGUUAUAUUAGAUUAUUUAAUUUGUGUACAUUAAAUACUAUACGAUUUGCACAUAACAUAGUUAAAUUAAAUUUUAUUAUAAGUGCAGGUAGUAAUUAUUUCACCAUUCAUCGAUAUAAACGUAUUCCGUUUACGUGAUUUUUUUCUGUAAAAUAUGUUUCUCACUAUUCACCGCACAGCAUUCCAGUUCACUAUUAAUUUAUAUAUUUUUUGUAAAUGUUAUUUUAAUAUUAUUUUAUUGUUAUACAUUUCUGUAUUAACCUUUAGGAGUAAUAUUAUUGUGAUUGUAGUACCUACUUUUUUAAGAUUUAGAAAUAUAUCUGUAACAAAGAUUAAUUAGAGUAUUUAAAUGUUUUUAUUAUAGGAAAUGUUUUAAUAAAUUGCGCAAAUUAUUUUUAUUUUGGUUAUAUUUUUUACUGUUUAUCAUUUAGUUAUAGCUCUGUUCUAUUCAUUUCCUUAAAGUAGCACGGAUACAAUUUAUAACUUAGUACGUAAUUACGCAGUUAAAAAUUAGGUACGUAGAUAUUGGCUUCACCACGGCAUGUGCAUGUACAAUGCGAUGACCAAAAUUUGAUUUAAACCGUAUUUACGGGUAUCUAUUUCUACUAUGUAUGAAAUAAUUAUCCAAAGCUACGUGCUUAGGGUUGCUUGUUUCAUAUUUUCACAACGAAAACUAUGGUUAAAUUUACCAAGUCUUUAGUUUCUAAGCUAAGGUAAACAACGUUUUGUUUAGUCGUUGACUAUUACAUGGUAACUUCCACCUUAUGUGGUUUAAAAAACUCAUCAUUGAGAUUCAGUAUUCCUGAAAAAUAAAUUGCUUUGAGUUAUUAGAUGCCUAAAAUUCGUUUUAAGUGGUUUUCCUUCUAUGUACAUAGUCCCGGAAACUCCACGCAUAAUUUGGCCUAGUUACUCCCGAAUUUUUUCCUUAAUCGUAUCGUGUUUGUUUGCUGUUAUCUUGAGUCUCAUUAAAAAUGAGUAAACGUGACGAUGUUAGAAUUCUAAUAGGUAAUUUAGUGAUAAUUCGAUUGAAAUUGUUAAACGAAAUACGUGUAGAAAACCUGUUGAUGUAAACGACGACGACUAUUAGUACGGGUGGUUUCUUUAUCUUUGGCCUAAAAUGCAUUUAGAGUGAAUUAAAAUUUGAGCUACGAGCUAGUUUUGAUGGUCCAGCAGUGACAAAUUUUGACAGUGUUCAACAUCAGCCCUUACUUUGUAACCUCAGCAUCUGCAGAUUCAAUGUAGUUCUCUCAAUGUCUGUGGCGCUGAUGUGGCAAACUUGGGACUAUGAGAUCUUAUUGACGUCAUGUUACUGUGUCUGUAUCUUAUGAAUGUACUUUAGUACUUUGUUAUCUUUAUGCGACUAAAAUCUAAUUACUUCUUGAAGAGUACAAGGACAUACUAAAGUUAUACCUCUUAAACUAUUUCAGUGGUUAAUUUGAUCCCCGUUGGACACCUUAGAUAGCCAAUACGAAAAUCUUGGUUUGGAAGUUCGUAUUGCAGCACAUUCUAUAGUAAUCAACCAAUAUAGUGCACAGCUGAUUCGCAAUUGUUCCUGGCAUUGUUGACUUUUUCAUGUAAUAAUCGUACUUAAGUUAUAGCAUUCCUAUGUAUUUUAUUUGUGGACCUGAGUGUGGUUCGAUUCGAUUCGAAACGAAUGUUUUAUUAGCGACCGAUAUUGUUUUGUGUAUUUAUUGUUUUAAAGAUUUUAUGAAUUGUGAAACGAGUCAUUCAUUCUUGAAAUAUACUUGAUAAACUAUAAA